AUGAGUAAAUGGAGUUCACUAAAAAGUAAAAUAGUGUGGCCUAAUGAAUUCGUUUAUGUAAUUGAGAAUGAAGGAUAUGAUAACAAAUAUGGUCAUAGUUAUAUUGUAAAAUAUAAUGGAAAUAUAGUACAUAAAAAUUUUAAAAAGAGAUUACAUAAAGUAGAAAAGUUACUGAAGGUUACAAAUAAUAUAUGUCAGGAUUUAGAGGAAAAAAAUAAUCAAUACGAUUCCGACGGUCUCGAAUAUGACAACAAUGUUUCAGAAGAAAUUAAUAAUGCAAAUCAAAUAUUAUUAAGAUUAAAUGAUAAAAAGGAAUUUAUUAAUGAUAAACUUUCUAAAAUUAAUACUAUUGAUGAAAAAUAUGAUAUAAUAAUAAAAGAAGAGCCUUGUUAUAUAUUUCGCCUGGAUUUGCCUUAUCUUAACGUGGAAGAGGAUUAUUUAAUCGCGUCUUUGAAAAAAAAGUAUUUUCAUGAAUAUUACAUGAACAGAAAAAAGAAAGGGAAUCAUUAUUCAGGUAAAAAUAAAUCACGAGGAAAAGAAAAAGAGAAAGAGAAAGUGAAGGAAUAUAAAACCUAUUUAUAUAAUAUAAAAAUAAUGGAAUGUGAGGAAAGCAUAGUAGGUAAUAGAGAAUUUAUUUUUUCCGAAGCAAACUCUGAACAUCUCAAAAUAAAUACUCUUAUUAAUGAAGGAAAAAGCAUACGAAGUGCACUAUACGAGUACAAGGGCUACUGUCUCGAUUCGCUUAGCGACGAAGAGGAUAAUGAAGAAGAUAACGAGGCGGAUGACAAAGGAACACACCCAAAUAAUGGACAAUCACCUGAACAAGUCAGGAAAAAGGAAGAACAAAUGAACGGCCAAAAUAAGAAAGAAAUAACUUAUGAAACGUUAUGCAUUCUGCCCUACUGUGACAUAAUAAAAUUAAAAAAAAAAGAAUUUAACACAGAGAAUACUGUUGCCGGAUUUCUAACCCCAUAUCUCCUCAACGGAAAUGUGAGGAAAUAUAUUGAAAAUAUUCAUCAGUAUAUAAAAUAUAAGAUUGAUGAUGAGAUUAUUUUAAAAAAUUUAACUAAUAUUAUAAAAUUAAUGGCUUUUUUAAAAGAAAAAAGUUUAUUCCAUGGAAAUAUAAAACCGAGUAACCUUUUCAUUAGUAACAAUGGUCUUCAUUUAUUAAUAGGAAACUUUAUUCCUAAAUUGAAAUUAUUAAAUUAUUAUUUUUAUGUUAUACAUAUGAGAAGAAAAAUACCAAGGUAUAUAUCACCAGAACUACUUGCAUAUUUAAAAAAAAAAAGAAUUAUAUCUAAAAGUAGGAUGAAGCAAAACAAACAUAUAGAUAAGUUCUUUUUUAAAAACGAUGUAUUCUGCUUAGGUUUAUCUUUUUAUUAUAUUAUAACUAUGAAAGAGGAUAUACUAUACUAUAUUGACAAUCCUCAUGUUUUUCAAUUUAAUGUGGACAGUGCACAAUCGUUUAUUACAAGACCAGAAUUGUUUUUUCUUUUAAAGCAUAUGUUAACUUAUGAACACAAGCAACGACCCGAUUGGCCCGCUUUGGCCAUAAUGGUCAAUCAGAUCAGGGGAAGCAGGAAAUUAAAAGGUAAUUAA